AUGUUCUCCCUCAGCUCCAACUCCACGAACCGGAAGCUGGGCCGGAGCCGGAAGCCGGUGCGGGGGGGUGGGGGGCGGGAGCGGCGGUGGGGCUUGGACCGCCGUGGCGGCCCCUGGAUGAGAGUGGCGUAUAGUGCAGCGGGAAGCUUGGAGCUGGACGCACGGCAGCGCCACCUCCCAGCUCCGGAUUUAAAAAUGUCUUCGUGGGUCAAGGUUAACAGAGGACAAACUCAAAGAUGUGCUGCAGAUAAAAGCAUAAAUCCUUAUAAACCUCAUCUGAUCAUUUCUCCUGGAGAUGGUCACAUAAAGGAAAGUGAAGACACUAAAAGUAACUUUGAAGAAUUAUUGGGGAAAGAGUAUGAUUAUUCUAAAGGAAAUGAAGAUAACUAUGAGAGAUACCAAUAUUCCCAUAAAGAUGAUGACCACAGUAAGGACCAUCGAAAAGAGAAGCUCUACCAGCAGUUUUACCAACAGAUACAGAAUGAAUAUGAUAAAGAAAGGCCUUCAGAUUGCACCAUUGUUUCCAUCAACAAAGACCAAAGGGACUAUGCAGUAAGCAUAGGUCAUCGUUUGCAAGACCAUGGCCUUGUGGUGGAAAUGAUUUAUCUGACUUCAGAGGCGAGUCUCACCUGCGCACUCCAGGAAGUGAAAAAUGACGGUUCUCCCUUUUGUAUUCUUGUGGAACAGUCCAAUGUAGCGCUCUCCUCUUGUACCGUAAUUUCACUUCACAAGUCUAUCACAAUACAUCGCCAUAUGCCCCUGGAGGAUGCGUUGGCUCUAGUAGCUAAGGAAUUUGGGACUAUUUUGGCUGAGCGGGAACAGCAAGAAGGUGCUGGGAUUUCACAAAAAGCAGCUGAUCUGGUAGAUGACUACUUAGAACGGGACCUCUGUGAAAGCUACUCUGUGCCUCUGGGCAUCAAACAUCUCCUGUUCCUACUAAGUGAGGGAAAACAUUUGUAUCAGGAGGAGUUGAAUACCAUCAGUGACUACCUGAAGACCAGGAAAGAGGAAUUGGAAGGUUUUGUUGAGACACCAGAUACUUCGACUGCAGUUGUGAACGCUUUGAUUGAAGCUAAUUUGAUGCCAAGAUCUCAUACUAUGGGCAAACCACCUCCUCUUCUUCCAACCCCUGGUAGGAACUCCUUCCAGGGGCAGCCUCUCCUUCCUCCAGUUAAGCCUCCUUUAUUAGGUGAUAGGCCUGGAGGACUCCUUCCAACACCAGGACAUUCUGGGCCCAAGGGUAAACCUCCUCCGCUUCUAGCAGUACCCUCUAAAAGACCUGGCCUCCUGGGAUAUGCACCACACCAACCUGCAAAGCGUCCAGUGAUGUGGGAGAAACCAGCCCUAUUGCCAACACCAGUAGCAGUUCAGACAGUGCAACCUCAACGAGCAGCUAAACCCAAACCUUUUUGAAUUAAGGAAACCUCAACUGGGCCGGGAGGAAAAUGUCAAGGCAUUCCAAGCGGAUGGUAUCCUCUCUCUUUCAUCACUAAUGUCUGUGUACCAGGCAAGAAACUUUAUUGUAGCAUACUUUCUGUUAAAAUCUACAUUCCCAUAGGAAUUUUUUAAAUUUGCCAGACACUGUCACAAGCUAGAUGUUUGUGAAAAGUUAAUGUUGUAGAUAUGUUGGACCUUUAAGUUGUUCCAUUACAUAUAUUACACAAUAAAUUCCUUGUUUUACAUAACCCCUUGCUCAUUUUUAAACAGUGGUUAGAUUUCACCUAUUUGGAGAAUAUAUGAGGAAGGAAGUAGCUUCUUGUUCAGUAGCAGUUGAGCAAGCUAGUAAGCCUUUUUUGAUUUAAAUGGGGAGGGUUGUAUAAGGGUGGGGGAGGUGGGGUCAUAAUGGGAUUUUUUUUGUAUUGAAAUGAAAAGUCUGAAGGGGAAAAUCAGCUCAGGGUAGCUGUCUUUUCUAAACUUGAAUAAAAAGGAGUUGUGUUUUUUUUCUGUUUGACCUCUCUCUUUGAUUAAACUGUAAUACCAUUGUUUACUUGCCUACCAGAUGUCUGUUCUUUUGUUGAAGCACUUUUUACAUUAAAUUUUUCCUUCUUUAAAAUAUGAAA